GUUCAGGACUUGUUUUGUUUAUUAUUGGUUUUUACAAUAAUCACAUGUAAAAUGAGGAAUAUUAAAUUUAAAUUUCAACAAAAGUGUCGAACUUGCUCGCGAACAGAUAAGUUUAAAGGAAUAUCGGUGAAUGCCUUUUCCGAAAGCCAACAAGAGCCGAUCUAUUUGAUGCUAGUCUACUGCACCCAGUUACAGUUUUCGCCGAACGACGUGCUCCCGCAGCGAAUUUGCCAAGACUGUUUGGCACUGCUGGACGCUGCCUACGCCUUCUGGAAGCAAUCUCGCCAAAGGGAUGCCUAUCUCCGGGAUUUAGUACUCGGCUUAAUUCCAGCGUCGGUAGAGACCAAUCGACCAGUACCGCAAAUCCCGACAAUUUCGCCGGAGCCGGUUGUUCCGGUUGUUACUGCUGCUCCGCCAGUCUCUAAAAUAGUACCAACAGCAGCAGAGACAACUCUCGCGACUCCCCAGAGCUUUUGGUGUUGCUUCCGGAAGUGUCCCAAGGUGACGACGAACUUGGCCGACAUGGAGCAGCACGCCAAGCGGGAUCAUUUCGCUGGUCGGCUCGCGAACGAGAUACAGCGAGGUGGGGCUCGCGAGCACGUUUGUUCCGUGUGCUGCGCUGGCUACGAUUCUCUCGGCACCUGGGAGUAUCAUCGGAUGAUUCAGCUGGGGACGCGGCCAAAGUUUGGUGUUAGCGCAAGUGCGACAAAUGAAAAACCGCAGGAUGAAGAGAAUGAGGAGGAGCAGCCGCCGAAGGACGAUUUUGAAGCUACAGAGACAACCGUCGUUAAGGAGGAAGCGGUUCUGGAGGAAUCGGCAAUGGAUUUUGAAGUUUCGGAUGCGGCAGACGAGCUCUCAACCAACAGUACGAUGCAAUUUGAAGUCAUUCCGGUUAAAGACGAACCGUAUCUCAGCGAUGAGGAAGAUGCGAGUUUGCAAGACGCGCUCGAAGGCGGAAAUGAAAGGUUUGAUUGCCCUCAUUGUGGAGUGGAGAUUCUCUCUGAUGUGGAAAAACAACGGCACCUGGUUUGCGAAUGUCCAGUUCUGUACAAUAAGGAUGUUCGCUACACGUGCGAGCUCUGCAAAGUAACGAGUUUCCAAAAAGUGGACGACUUGAAGAAGCACAUGCAAACGGAUUGUCCCGCACAAGAAGGGGGUUCAAAAGUUCAAGUCGUUCCCAAACAAUGCCUCAAUUGCCAAAAAUCCUUCUACACAAGCGAAGGUCUCGAACGGCACGCUGUUCUGUGCACGAAAGAAAAAGACAACGUCGUCAAACUGACCUGCCUCAACUGUGGCGGCGUGUUCAACUCGAGAUACUACUUUGCUCGCCACAUUAAGCUUCGCGCAUGCUUCAGGGAUCCGAACCAAUGCAAGCACUGCUCCGCCAAGUUCACCGACCAGAAAGGCCUUAAGCGCCACCGCAAGGUUGGAUGUUCCGCCUUGCUGAACGCGGAAUCGAACGGGCUCAAAACGACGUGCAAAUGUGAGCACUGCGGAAAAGGCUUCCCCAAGAAGGUGUUGGUGCGCGCGCACCAGGUCGUUGACGGGUGUGGCGCGGAGGAUCGCGCUUCGAAACCGGCGGCCGGAAAGGUGAAAUGUCCCUACUGCUUCAUCCAGUUGAGCCGAGCGUGCAAUUUGAAGCGCCAUCUGGCGAAUUUCUGUCUGGUUAUACUGAAAAAGCAAGACCAGGCGGAGGCGGAGCGUGCGGCGGCGCAGGAUGGACCGCUGGCGACGACAAGCACCGGCACCUAGACGGUAUUAGUGUAAUUUUGAAAGUUAAUUUUGAAAUAAACUAAUGCUAAACAGAA